AAUGUGCUCCCGCCCGCCGGUACCCAGCAGCCGACGGAGCUCCCGGACGAGGACUUUAUGACGAAUCCUUCGCUGGCCAUGGACGCUUGUUUCACCGCUUUCGACAAGGAUGGAGAUGAUCGGCUUUCACUGAACGAGUUUACGCUGAUCUGUCGGGCACUGUUCCGGAAUGAUAAAGGUCACAUCUACGUGGUACCGUCCGAUCGGCUGGAGCAGAUGUUUGCCGUGUUCGACAAGAACGAGGACGGUUACAUCGAUCGAGAGGAAUUUCAGUUCUGCUGGAACCAAUGGAUCAAGACGAUCGUGCGCCCUAUCAGCGCUUUUCUCAUCGUGGACGUUCAGAACGACUUCAUCAGUGGUUCGUUGAACAUCAGCAACUGCAGCGCACAGCAGAAUGGACUGGAGGUUAUCGAGCCGAUCAAUAAGCUGCUGGAUACGGUUGACUUUGAUGCGGUGUUCUACUCGCUCGAUUGGCAUCCGAGCGAUCACGUUUCCUUCAUCGACAACAUCAAACAGCGUCCGAUUCAUCCAACCAGUCCGCUGAAUGCGGACAAUGCGCAGGUUUACGAUACGGUCAUCUUUGCCGGGCCGCCCCCGAUGAAGCAACGGCUCUGGCCACGCCACUGCGUACAAGAUUCGUGGGGUUCCGAGCUGCACAAAGAUUUGAAGGUUGUCGAGCAUGGUGUGAAGGUGUACAAAGGUACCAACCCAGAAGUGGACUCGUACUCGGUGUUCUGGGACAACAAGAAGCUUUCCGACACGACACUGUGCGCUCAGCUGCGACUAAAGGGCUCGACCGAUAUCUACGUGUGUGGACUAGCGUACGACGUGUGUGUUGGUGCAACGGCCAUCGAUGCGCUGUCGGCUGGCUACCGAACAAUACUGAUCGACGACUGUUGCCGGGGAGUCGAUCUGAAUGACAUCGAGAGUACCAAGCAGACAGUUAUUUCCAGCAAUGGCGUCAUCGUUUCAUCCCGCGAGGUCAAAGCGAUGGUGGAAGGACGGGACCGCCGCCCGGAGCUGGGUUACAAGUUGGCGAUGGAGCUGAAAAAUUCCGAAUCAGACCUGUCGAAGAACAAUGCCUGCAGAAGACAGUCCCAGCAGCAGCAGCAACAGCAACAGCAGCAACCAUCACAGUAA